AAAGAAUCUCGGCUAGCUUUCAUGUGCCGCCGUCGUCCAAUAAAACAGAAGAGAGCCUGCCUGCAAGUCGUCUAAUCUUGGGCGAGGUGUCAAUCAUGUUCAUUCAGCGGUUGAAGUGCGGGUUUUGGUAACCGCCUCCUUUACGCCUUGAAGGGAGUCGAAGCCGGGAAAGCUUUCUUCCGAUCAAAGGCUAGUGUGGCGCUGUUGCCGUAGGAUGUACUGAGCGCAGGCUGCUGCUUUCUUUACGGACGCUUCUUGUAUCGUCUGGAUAUCGCUGAUUUCUGGAUUAUAAAUACAUUUGAUGGUUUUCAAUCCCAACUCAAUGCAGAGAAAUGGGUAAACUUCACUCGAAACAUGCUGCGAUUUGUAAACCGAGGGAGAGUCCGGAGGGCGACAGUUUUGUAGUUAAUGCCUGUUUGGCAAGGAAAGGAAUUGACGAUUGGCUCGUGAAACAGAAAUACUAUUGCACGGGCUCGCGGCUUGAGCAACAGGACUGUCACCACACGAAUAAGUGCGGCUUGUCUACUCGGGAUGUGUUGGACAAGGCGUGUGCAGAGGGGAUCAGUGAUGAACAUUACCGUUUAGAAGUGGCUCUGCCCCCGGAGAAGAUGGUGGACAGUUGCUGUGUGGAGGAGAAGAUGCAGGGAAGAGAGAGCCAGGCGCCCGCAGGGACACAGAAACAGCUCCAGUUUGAAGAGCUUGAGUGUGCCGUCUCUGUAGAGGAAGACAACAGACAGGAGUGGACGUUCACGCUGUAUGAUUUUGACAACAAUGGCAAGGUCACCAGAGAGGACAUCACCAGCCUGCUCCACACCAUCUAUGAGGUGGUAGACACGUCGGUCAACCAUUCCCCCAGCAGCAGCAAGACGCUGCGGGUCAAGCUCUCCGUGGCCCCCGACUCCAGCCAGCGCUGGCGGAGCUGCACGCAGGGCCCCGCAGACAUGCCCCUCCCCAGAACCAAGACUGACAAGUGCAUUGAAGACCUUAAAAGUGCAGAGAAGAAGUCUCGAGCCCUCCUCAGGCGCCAUCACAGUGACCACCACACUGUCCAGCACCAGGUUCUGACCCAGCAGGGUCAGAGUCAGGGCUGUCAGCGCCACUGCGUGGAUGAGAACCUGGAGCGCAGGAACCACUACCUAGACCUGGCCGGCAUCGAGAAUUACACAUCCCGCUUGGAGCAGGUGACCCCCACCACAGAGCCUGUGAAAGCAGAGCCACAGACCCGACCAUCGAACCAGACCAGGUCUCGCUCUCAUGAACCAGAGAAUGGCCACUCCUACCCCCACCACCGCCGCUCGCAGGUGGCCAUGGAGAGCAGCACAGCUCCGGGCCCAGACACUCUUUGUCCCCCACGACCGGGUAAAGACUCAGGUAAACACGCCCUGCGCUCCCCCAAGACCCACAGCCGCACGCAUCCCACACAGACCACCACGGGCAGGGUGAUGAGGAGUAGAGGGGCCCCACCUCCCCCGGCCCUGCCCAGCCAGACCCCACCUCACCAGUCCUCAGCCCCCUACCGCAGGCACAAGCAGAGGGCCAAGGAGGGCCAGCAGCAGUACCGGGCCUUGGGGUCUCUGGGGGCUCCAGUGGGGCCUGUGAUGGAGAAGGAGCAGGUGAGGGACCUUCCCAGUGUGCUCCUCUAUGAAGGAGGGCUGGCCCAGAUGGUUCAGAGGCACGAGCAUCAUCACCACCAUGAACACCACCACCAUUACCACCACUUCUACCAGUCCUGAAGCCAGCCAGCCAGCCAGCCCGCUGCCGUGCUGCCCCCGGCCCCAGAGCACCUUCUCACAGCCCCACCUCCACCUGGCUCCACAGCCAGGACAGUAGACUCUGCAGACAGGCAGGCCCCUCCCACACAGGACAGCAACAGCACAGCCAGAACUGUGUCACUGUCAGGGGGUGCUGGGUCUUGCAUUGCCACAAGAGCUGGCCCUGUGGGCUGAGAGGACAGGACAUCAGGAGGAUUGAGUUGGACAGACAUGGAGGUGCAGGGUGAAGAGGGUUAUUAUGGGGUUGUCCAGGCAUGAAGAGUCCCUGUGAGGCAGCGGGACAGUGUCUUAGUCUUCAGGCAUGCCAGGAACCAGGAGCAGGACAGGGCAGAGGGAUGUAACUGGGGAACCAGGAGCAGGACAGGGCAGAGAGAUGUAACUGGGUAACCAGGAGCAGGACAUGGCAGAGGGAUGUAAUUGGGGAACCAGGAGCAGGACAGGGCAGAGGGAUGUAACAGGGGAACCAGGAGCAGGACAGGGCAGAGGGAUGUAACUGGGGAACCAGGAGCAGGACAGGGCAGAGGGAUGUAACUGGGGAACCAGGAGCAGGACAGGGCAGAGGGAUGUAACUGGGGAACCAGGAGCAGGGCAGAGGGAUGUAACAGGGGAACCAGGAGCAGGACAAGGCAGAGGGAUGUAACUGGGGAACCAGGAGCAGGACAGGGCAGAGGGAUGUAACUGGGGAACCAGGAGCAGGACAGGGCAGAGGGAUGUAACUGGGGAACCAGGAGCAGGACAGGGCAGAGGGAUGUAUCUGGGGAACCAGGAGCAGGACAGGGCAGAGGGAUGUAUCUGGGGAACCUGAGAGGCACAGAAGGAGAAAAGAGACUUGGCUGUAAUCCUUCAGAGGACUCCUCUCAUCCCUCUCUGUCUGUCUGGUUCUCUGAACCCCUCUACUGUGAUGGACUAACUGACUUUAUGAAGCCAUACGGGCCCCGACAUCUUCACAGACCUCUGAGUUUUGGGGAAGAGGAAUGAGAGGUGAGGGGCUGGUUUGGAUGGAAAGACUGUGAUGUAAAAAUAUAAAAUAUAUGAAGGAAAAUAGAAAUGCCCAGUGUCCAGUGAGUUUGUGUUAGAGAGAGAGAGCAUAUGUGUAUUUUGUGUGUGUGUGUGCGAAAGAGAGAAAAAUAAUGUGUACAUUUGUGUGUAUGAAUAUACAGUGUGUGUGUGUGAGAGCAUGUGUGCAUUGGUUCAAUUGAAUGUUUGCGUAUGUGUGUGUGUGUAUGUGUAUGUAUAGUAUCCGUGUGUCUGUGUGCAUGUGUUCCCUGUCUGUUGUGACACCCCUGUCGCCACUGAAAACCACUUGAAAAGCACUUGUGGGUGCAGUUGCAUUGGAGACACUUUGGGCUGUCAGAACAGAGGACAGACAGGCAUCAGAUGGAGAUGAAGAAGACAAGAUCAUCCAGCUCCUGACUCUCACAUGCAAUACAGGACACUCCCUGAGAGAAAAAUUUUGAAAUGUUCAGUGAGAAUAGAAGACUGUAAUCAGCUGCUACCUCUGGUGUUAUUAAUGGAAUUGUUGUUAUUAUUGUUAUUAUUCAGAUGUUAUUUUUCAGUUACAUUUUGUUUUAUUUUUAAAGAUGCCACAAUCUGCAGUCGUGUAGUGUUGAAACGCUCCUACAUAUUUUACCUAUAUAUUGUAUGUACACGUUUAACACAGGUAUAUUAUCAACAUUAUAAGCUUAAUUUAUAAUGUGAUAGGUUUGUAUCAACAAUCUAAAUCCUAAAUUCUUUCUCCCUCAACCCCAUAUUUCCCCUAUUGAAAGACCACUCUGUAUACAAUUUAGACCAUCAAAGAUACAACUCUGACUCACCACACACAGUUCUUUCACACAAAUGGUCAGAGUACACCUUCUCAAGUACAUCUCUGCUUUGAAUAGUGUCUGUCCAAUCGUUGUGGUUAGCAGUUCACAGUAAGGCUCUUUCUCAUUAGCUGAAUCAUAAAUAUGUGAUGGUUGACAAUCCACAGCAGUCCCAUGAUCCUCCAGGUCUGAUCAUACCACAUGACCCUAACCGCUGUCCACCCAUGGGGCAUCCCCGUCCCCAGCUGUCAGCACCCGUUUCACCAGGCCGCCAUCAUGCCAUGUGUCCCCAGCACUCAGGCAACAAGGCUCUGUUUAUGACGCUGGCUGGGCGGGCUGGGCCGGGGUGGAGGCUCUCAGCUGUCUGUCUCAUUCCUCUGCUGCUAGGUGACACCAGGCCUGGCCCGCAGGCUCCACCAGGACCAUAACUCACCCUGCUGAAGGCCUGCUGUCGGGCAGGCAGCUCCAACCACACAGGACCUCUCAGAUCCUCUUCCACCCUAGGUGAACCAUCAGAGCCCUACACCACUGUUUAGGACAGGUCACUACGGUAUGCCUGCAUCUGGGUCCAGGAGCUCCUGACUGAAUAUCAUCUGGCCAGGGUAAAGGGGAAAAUACUGUAAUCAGCAAUGUUCCCUCAUUUUUUUAAGUCACUGAGCAAAUUUCAGGUCUGCUGAGCGCAAACUUGAACGUUGUUAAAAUUCUGUGCAACUUCCAG